GUCGACCGGAACCAAUUGUGACCUGGUUAAAUGGGACAAUGCAACUGGAGUCAGGCAAUGGCGUUUCGAUGGGCCGGCAUGUGACUGUCAAUCGGUUAGAGGUGCCCCAUAUCACACGCGCUACUCUAAAUAAUACCUAUCGCUGCCAGGCAUCAAAUACCAAGUUAGUGCCACCCGUAGAACGCAGUAUACGCAUCGAAAUGUUAUUAAAACCUACAUCUGUAAACCUAACGAAUAAAUUGAAGGUCUUUUCAUCUGGCACUCAGUAUAAUUUAACUUGUGUGGUUGCGGGCUCAGUACCAGAUACGGAAAUACGCUGGACUCAGAAUAAUCGACCUUUUAAAAGAGGAGUGCUAACGACAACACAAAAUAAUGGCAAAGUCUUCUCAACCUUAUCAUUCCAUCCACAACCCGAAGACGAUGGCACAAUGCUGAAGUGCGAAGGCUCCAAUCCGCGCUUGCAAAACUCGGCAAUCGAAGACUCACUUAUGUUAAAUGUUAUGUAUCCACCACAAGUGACACUGUCGUUGGGCUCAACACUCAAACCGGAUGACAUUAAAGAAGGCGAUGAUGUUUACUUUGAGUGCCAUAUAAAGGCCAAUCCAAAGGAACAUCGCAUUACGUGGUCACAUGAUGGUAUUCCUGUCACGCAGAAUGUCUCGUGGGGCAUCAUCAUUUCUACUCGUUCGCUUGUUCUACAACGUGUUGCACGCGUACAUGCUGGUUUCUAUGCGUGUGCAGCGGCCAACGACCGCGGCGAGACACAAAGUUCAAUGGUGAAUUUGCGAAUACGCU